AUCGCUUAUUCCAGAACCCGUACGAUCCUAGCCAACACUGUACCGCUGACUCGGGGUUGAUGUAGUUCGUUUUCAUAAUAUUAUUAAUUGAAUUUUUCCAAUAAUAAUUAAAAUCAUAUUAUCUCCAUCGUUGCGACCGUGUCUCUUUUCUUAGUCGGCACCGAGGAGUGUUUCAGUAACCAACGGCCGCGAUACCGCUGGAAAAUCUCUAAACGUGACAAAAUCGUUGCGGGGCGAUCGCAGAAAAGGAAAAAAUAUGCUGCCCCCCGGCGCGUAAUAUUGUAUACUUGUGCGUGUUAUCGCUGACGUGGUUUGUUGCGGCAGUGUCCAGUGUUUACCAUGAGGAUAGUUGAACACUUGUUCCCCUCGUCGACUUGACAUCACAUCGAAACACAACACACACACGCGCGACAACCGUCGUCUGUGAGCUGUGUCCGGCGGCCGUCUUGUGCGUGAGCCGCUAGGGCGCUCGUGCGGUGCGUAUCAUCCUAGCGGAUUGUGUUUGCGAGUGCGCGAGCUACCUAGAGUGUGUGUGUGUGUGUGUAUAUGUGUGUAUGUGUGCGUGCGUGCGUACGUACGUACGAGUGUUAGUGUGCGUCUGUACGCUUACGAAUCGCACUGCUCGAGUCACUAUUAGAGUUGGUACCUAUCUCAAUAUUAUACCGGCUACUAAUAUAUAGUAUCGUGGUCUGAACUAACAUCCGUACGCACACGGGACAGGCAGUCGCUCGAUUCGACGACGACCGUCGCUUUGCGCUCCGCUCGAAAAGUUGUCGAUACUCGCGAACGGCGAGCCCCCGUGUGUGUGACAUUAGAAUGACCGGUUCGUCACCCGCCGUUAUUGUCGCCGCCGUCGUCGUCGUCGCCGCCUCCUCCGUAACAUCUUGUUCGUUGUCUCCGCUGUCGUCCUUUGCCAUGGAAAUGAUUCGCGUCGUAGCCUAAUAGCCCCAGCACCGCCGACGCGCCGCGCCGGUCGCCCGAGAACGAAAUUAUGGCAUCAUCUUUGUCGCAACCCAAAUUCGAACCCAAACCCCCUGAUAAAAGCUCGCAGACGUCGGCCGCGUGCGACAUAAACGACAAGAAAAUCCACCAAGAGCCGUCCGACUGUUCGAACGUGAGUACACAUUGCUACACGCACAAAACAUAGACAUCAAUAAAUCAUCAUAUUAUUAAGUACGAUGAAUUAAUAAGAAUUACACUUGUGUGUGUAUGCGCCUACUAUCACGAUUAAGUAUCUGUAUAUUGUACUUAUUAAAAAUUCGUACGUAUAUGCUCAUUAGGUAUAAUUGGGUUUUAUUUUAUUUUUCUAUUAUAGUUUGGUAGUUCUCGUAAAAAUACCCGUCACGUUUCCAAAGUUCCUACAUAACCUAUUCAAGAGAUUCUCGUUUCGCACGAUGAUAAUACGCGUUUUCUAAUACCUCUCACUAGGUAUAAAUAAUGAGUAAUCAAUUUCUGUAUCAAAAGCACUGCGUUCGUUCGUGCGUGCGUGUUGAGCGUAUAUGUGUGCGUGUGUGCGUGUGUGCGUGUGUGUGUUUGCGUUUAUUUGUGUAUCAGUGCGCGAGUUUAUGUGUGCUGUGGUGACUGGUGAGGUAUGUGUGCUGUACUUCAGUACGUUCAUGUUGCCUUUGGUAUUUUAAAUUUUUUUCCUUGUUUGAUCGCCCUUUAAAUCGAACACAGUUGAAUGUGCACGUUUGUUUAAUACGUGUAUUAUACAUUUUUAAUAUUAUAAUGUGCACUUACAGCUAGGAGGUACCUAUACGUGAUAUUACGGUUUUUUUUUUUUUUUUUUUAAUGUCCUUUUCAAAAUUAUAAGGUCAUGCAGUUCUUAUCUAUGUGUAUCUAUCAGCCAUCUAUCCAUAUACCCAUAAUAUUAAUAUACCUAAUAUAAUAAUAUGAUGUAGAUACCUACCUACCUAUAUAUUAUUUAAAACAAAUAUAAAAUUGUACUUAUUGUAGUUAUUCUUAUAUCGUAAUUAUUUUUUAGAACAAGUCAAAAUCUCUAUCACUGGAUUUAUCAAAUUUGAACACUGCUAGUUUUAAGUCAUUAUUAGAAGAAGUGGUUGCAUAUGAUACGGCUAAGCAAACUAAAAGUGAAUUAUACAAUGUAUGUAUUAUUUCAGAUAUCAGUUAACCUAAUACUUCAAUGUUUAAUAAUCUUCUAUAUUCAUAUUAAGUAAUAUUUUUUAAAAUAACUACUUAUUAUCUUUGAAUUUAUUUUUAAAAUUUAUGAUUUUUAUGUUGGUAACAAACAAAAUUUAUUAUUUAAAUAUCUUUAUCAGUGAACAACUUACUGAACUAUACUUUGGUUUUAUCAUGGUUUAAAAUGUAAAACUAUUGUAAUAAAAAAUAAAUAAUAGUAAUUUAGGUAGAUCACUCCUGCCAUAAAAUUAUAAUUGAGCAAUAGAUUUUUUUUGUCAAAAUGCAUUUUGCCUGUACAAUAGUCAAUAUGAGUGUAAAAAAGUCUGACAAACAUUGUUUGGACUAGAAAACUAGAAAAUUGAUAUAUUGUAUUUUAUAAUUUAAACAUCAAUAUAAUUAAAAAAUUUCAGAUAUCUAAGAGUUUAAAAUAUUUUAAACAAUUUAUAAAAAUACCAGUAUUAUAUUCUUUUUUUUUUUUAGCCUUUUAGUUAAUUUAAUUUAAAUAAUUGAAAAUAAUAUUUGAUUAUAUCAGAACUGCUUUUAAAAUAAUAUGAUCCAUUCUAAAUUUAUAGGUACAUAUUUUAAUUUUUGUAUUCUAAGAACUAUUAAUAAGCAUUUAUACAAUAAUAAUAUAAAAAAAAUCCUGUGAAGAAAUGUGUACAUAAGUACAUCUUGUGUUUCUGUCACUUAAGGCAAAUUUUUGGAACUCGAGUCGUAUGCUAUCUAUAUUGAACAUUGAUUGCGUUAUAUGUUAUCUAUGUCUCAGGUGAUAAAUGUGGAUUGGACGUUGACUGAUGUUAAUGGUGUGCGAUAAUAUUGUAGGUAUAGUUAUGUAUACAUGUAUUAAUAUAAAUAUCAAUAAUACUGUGGGAUUGAGCUACGUUAGUUCUCAUUAUAAAGUAAAGAAGAAGUGGGUUCCAAAAUUCAUUCUGACGUUAGGGGAGAACCUGCAGAAAUUUAAAUGACUAUGGCUCUAUGCGUAGUAAUGUAUGUCAUCAGCAGAUGAGAUGUGCUUCAUUGAUUCAGAAACGGGCGAAUACUCAAAGUAAACUAUUAUGGGCUAUUAGGGUCUGCAUGGAGACAUCUCAAAGUAAAAUACAUCAUUAAAACAUGUGGUGCUACUAAUCUUUUGGCCCGGAAGUCACUGGAAGUGUGAUAAUGUUUACUCAAUGCUUCCAAGGCUCUUUUUUGUAAACAUGAAAACCAUAUUUUUUAAAAAGUAAAAACAAACAUUUUUAUAGACGACACCUUAAACAUGGGGUAGAUUAUUUUAGAUAACAUAUAAUGCAAACAAACUGUUUCGAUAGAUACGUUUUUGAUAACAUACAAUACAAGUUUCAAUUUAAUCUAUUUUGUAUUAUAGUAUUAUACAAUUUUUUUAGAAAAACAAUAUAUAACCAAAUACUAUUUUUACCACAAUACUAUAAUUCUUCCCUCCUCUAGCCACAAAUAGUGGUGAAAUUUGAGAAUCAAAGGGCCACAAGUUGAAACCCUUAAAUGGCACAUGCUUAAUACUGAAAAAAUGAGAUCCUCUUGGCAGAUUUGGUAUCUGUAGUGGUGUUCAAAACUAAAAAACAAUAACAUAAUUAAAUUUGUAUUGAAAUUCAUUGCUACUUUUAUUCAGAGGGAGUUCUAGAAUUGUACAAAAUUAGCAAGAAUACAAUAUAUACGGGGAUAUAUAUGUAGGUAUAUGAUUCAAAAUUUAUGUUAUUGCCAUUUUAUCAUAUAAAUAUUCAAAAUUGAGGAAAAAUGUAUAAUACAAAAGUUUUUUUGAUUUUAUAAAUGAUUUGUAUUUUUUUUUUUUACGUUAUUUUAAGGGUUUGAGGAUCGACUUUUAAAAGUCAAAUGGGAACUUAUAAUUUAUUUGCAAAUAUAAUUUGAAGAUAUUUUUUCAAUAAAUUUUAUUAGUGAUUGAAUCACAUUAAUUUAUUUGAAACUAUGUUUGAGAGCGAUUUAAAGUUUUUAGAAAUUGUAUUUUGACCACAUGUCGACAAAUAGCUAAUGACAUUCAUUACACAAUGCCCCUCCGCUGCUACCGCAAACUUGUGAUAGCUUUAUUAGUAUUAACUUUUAAUUAUCUGCCAUAGAAUUUUAAAUAAAUUAAUGUUAUUUAAUCACUAAAAUGUAUUAAAUAAAUAUCUUCACAUUAAUGUUUGCAAAAAUAAGUAUAUGUCUAUUUGAAAUUCAAAAAUAGACACCCCCAAAACCCCUUCUAAAACUAUAUAAAAAAAAUGACAAUUUAUAUUAGAUUCAUAUAAAGUAAAAACUUUUGUAUUAUACAUUUUUCUCUAUUUUGAUUAUUAAUGUGAUAAAAUGACUGUAACUUAAAUUAUGAAUCACUGUAUAUUUAUAACUGUCACAAUAUAGUAAAAUAGUUUCUAUUUUUGGGAAAAAUCAGAACAAAAUGUUUCUAGACUAGUUGAAUUGAUUAUUAAGAACCUUACUUAACAUAUGGUUUAUUUAUUUAGAAGCAAAAUAUUGUACCUUCUUAAUUCUACCAAAAUGUUAACAGAAUUUCAUUCAUAAACUUAUCAGUUAAAACCACAGUUAUUUUGAAAAUAAUAUUUGGGUAGUAAUUGUUUUAUAAAAUAUGCCAUCUACUCUUAAAAUUAGUAAAUAUCAUAUAUUAAAUGAUGAAAUCUAUCUUAGAAAUGUACUAUAUAUAUAUAUUCGUGGUUUUUUCUUUUUUUCUAUUAUUGAUUUUUAAUAUGUAAAUAAACAUUAUUGUAGAACUUUGAUAACUUAUGCUUAUUUACAUUUUUAUACUAGAUUAAAUAUUGCAUAGUCUAUGUUACAGAAUCUGCUUGAGGAUGUAACUCAAAAUGGCGAAGAUGAUGUGAAGCGACCGUUGCACAAUCAACGUUUAGUUGAUAGCCAGACUGAUCUUGAUAAGUUAUCAUCUAAAGACCAACACAUUAAGGAAAAUUCAUCACUUGAAGCUUUUGAUUUAGCUCCAGACUUCAAAAAGCGACUCUCUGGUGUUACUACUAAAGUAAGCGCUCGUCAACUAGAAGGAGGUUCAUUGCCGAGUCAUGUUAAUCAUGCACAGGCUCUGUCUGUACUGAUAAACAAAAAAAAUACUCAAAAUACUCGUAAGAAAAUUGCGGAGUCAUCAAAAAUGGCUAAAAAUGUAGACAAAGUGGUUGAUCUUGGAGACCUUGGGUAUGAACAAACUGAGGAAAAAGAUAUGUCAAAUUAUACUAGUCAUGCAAGUUUGGAAAUCUGUCCAGCUAAAGAUGAGACAAAAAUAGAUGAACGGUUUACAACACCAUUAUUAUGCAAGGUAAAAACUGUUGUGACCCUUAAGGAAUAAACAAUCUGGAAACUUAGUUUUUAUAUUAGCUUCAUGCAUAUAAUACAAUUUUAAUUAGUUUUGGACAUUGAUAUCAUUGUAUUUCUCAGAGUAGAAUAUUAAUUGUGUUUUUUAAAUAAAUAUUUGAAUGAAACUAUUAUAGCAUUAAUAAAUUAUCUUGCUCUAAUUAUAUUCUAAAUUCAUUACAUAUUUAUUAUUUUUUUAUUUUUUUUUAGACUAAAGUGUGUGUUAUACCUAAUCACUUUUUAUGAUGUCUUAUGAGUAUAAAAUUUAGUUUGAAACAAAAAUGUAAGAGUCAUUAAGUUUCUAAGUUUUCUACUAUAUUAAUUGUACAAUUAAAUUGUUUUAAACAAAUUUCAGAAUCAUAAUGUUGGUAAAUUUUACUAAAAACUAAUAAAAAAAAAAAAAUAAAUGUUUUAUUUAUAUUUAGGUACCUAAAACUUUUAAUCUACUAAAUCGCACAUUUUUAUUUUAAUAAAUGGGUUUGAACCCUUUUGAAAAUUGUACAAAUUAUUAAAUAAUUACAUCUGUGCAUUAAAUUAAACAUUUUAAAAUUAAGACAAGAUUUUGUCAAAAACAAAUUUUAAAAUAAAAAUUAUAUUUUAAAAAAUAUUGAAAAUUUAACUUGUAGAUUAUACUAAAGUUGAUUAGAAACAUAUAUUUAUUAAAAUUUACUAACAUAUUGCUUCUAUGUUACCAUUAUUUCUAAUAUAGUAUGUGGUGGCUAAUUUAAAUAUUUUUGUUUUUCUUAUGUUUAUAUAAAUAACUUAAUUUUGUCAUGUAAUUCUUUAUAAUAAAUAUUUUACACAACUAACAUAGAAAAACUACACUGUUAUUGUAAUUAUAAUAUUGUUUUUUUUUUUUACAGCAAUUAAGUCAGAAUUAUGAAGACCAUGAUUCCUAUAUGGAAAUUGAUGCUUCACCAUAUAUUAAAGAUUCCAAAGAUGGAAUAAGUAAAGGUAAUAUAAUGUGAAUCAAUUGAAGAUUAAUAUAUAAAUUUGAUUUUGCUUUUAAAAUCCUAAGCUGGAAAUUAUAGUUCCUGCAUUUAUGCUUAAGUAGCUUUUAAAAAUAAAUUUUGUUAGAUCUUUCACAGCAAUUAAAAAAAUACACAGUUUUUAAUGUUUUCAUUCAAAAAGUAAUUAAUUGUGCUUUUCUUUUGUGUUCUAUAACUUUUUAAAUGUAAAUUUAUAUCUUUUUAAUUUGUUUUGUAAUAUUCAAAAUAAUCAAAACAAUUUGAGUUAUUUGUAUCAUACAUAUUUAUUAAUACAUAAAUAUAUAAUAUUAAAUAAAAUAUUUUUUGGACUAUAAAUAUUUUUACUUAACUAUAUUAUACAAAUAUUAUGUAUAAUGCUUGAUAUUAUAAUUUUUUUGAGUUAGUUCUAAUUUUAUUCAUAUAAACUGCAUGGAGUAUGUAUUUAAAAUUAGGUACUUAUUUAGAUUUAUUUUCAUCUGAUUGGGUAAGUGAUUGUCAGUUAAAUUAGUUAUUUGCUUAUCUACAACACAAUAAUAUUGACAAGCUUCAUUUACUUUUUUUAUAGACUUCUAUUUUAAUUUAUAAUAUGUUCAUUUAUUUAAAUAAUAAUUAUUGUUAGUUAUAAAUUCUUAUGCAGAACUCUAAAACUUAUUAUAGCAACAAAAUUAAAAUAUUUAGUAUCUAGUUUUUCUUAGGGUUGUGUUAUUGAACAUAAUAAUUUGACGGUUUUGAGUUGAAGAAAUAAACUAAUACAUCUAUAUACAAAUAUUAUACAUCUUUGCUGUAUUAAAUGUUUAAAUAUCAAUUUAAUUUUAGUCCUAUUAUACAGAUAUUUAAUAAUAAUUUAUAUGAAUUAAAAAUUAAAUAGUAUUAUAUUUAAAGAAAUUUAACAGAACUUAACAUUUGUUGAAAAUAUUUUAAUAUUUUCAACUAACUAUAAAGGUAGAGGCACAAUUAAUUAUUUUAAUUAAUCUAGAAUUAAUAAUUUAUGUAAUAGUAAGAAUUUAUUACAUUAUUUAUUCAUAUUGCUAACAAAUAAAUUCCAUUUAAAGAAAUUAAAUUAUUGUUUAAUAAUUUAUUGGAGUGUGUGGUGUUUUUCUUUGUUUAAUUAUCUAACUUUUCUUAAUACAGAAUAUUCCUUGUUUUGUUUUUGUUUUUCAUUUUUAAUUGGCAUGCUUUUUAUAUUCUAUUUGGAAGUACUGCCACGGACUUCAGGUGAGGGCGAUCAAGACGUGAAAAACUGUUUACAUCAGCCAGCUACAGUGGUAACGGAAAUAAAUAAAGAUACGGAAAUAAAUAAUGAUGCACAAUCGAUAAACCAUCGUUUGUUACACCUAUUUGGCAGUCAAAUUAAUUGCUAUCAAAAUCCGUAUAACGGAUUUACACAACCAAUCCAUUUUUUAACACCAAAUGGUAACUUGUUAUUUAGUAUACUUACUUUCAUUCUAAUUUUAUUGCUUAAUUUCAUUUAUUUUCCUGUAAAAUUUAUUGUUGGUAAUUGAUAGGAAUGCUUUCAAAAAGUUUGUUAGACUGAAAAAAAUAUACUCAUUUAUUACUUAUAAACAAAUUCUUGAUAUAAUAUUACAUUUUGAAAUUUAGCUGACAUUAAAAUUAUGCUUUUUAAAAUAAAAUUAAUUAUUAUUAUUUCAACCAUUUUAUUUUCAGUAUUUAUUUAAUUUGUUUUUCAAGUGAAUAAUAUAUAUAUGUAAUAUUAUUAAUUUUUAUAAGAGGCAUUAUUAGAAAAUGGAUAUUUCAAACUUUGUUUAUUUUCUAAAUACGGCAUAACAAAAUAAUUGGUUUUCAACUUUUAAAUAGUCAACCUUAAAUUAGAAGAUGUAUAAUUCAAAAUUUGAGUUAGGCCUUAAAAUCUAUAUUCUUAUACAAUUUUAAAUGAAUCUACUAAUUUUUUUAAAACAUUUUAAUUUCAGGAACAGUUGUAACAAUUUUCAUAAAUAUUUGUAACUUAUUUUUAAGUACAUAUAUUUAUUAUAACAGAUCAAAAUGCUUUAGCUAUUUAAAGGUUAGGGCUAUAUUAUAGUGCUUUUUACAAACUGUUAUAUAGACCUAUGUAGUUAAAUAUUACCAUAGUAGAUAAUUAAAAAAAAACACACACACACACAUAUGUAUGGCAGUGAUUUAAAAAUAUUUAACAUUUUAGUUGAAUUUUUAAUUUGUAGACUUUGGGAACUUGUUAAUUUUUGAUAAAAUAUAUUAAGUAAUUUAGUUUCUUUUUUUUACUUUUACAUAAAUUUAAUUGUUCAAUAUUUAAAUUGAACCUAUUAUUUUUAUAUCUUUGAAUUUUCAAUGUUUGCUGGGGCAUAAUGUCUGAGAACUACUGACACCGGGCAUAUUAAUAUUAGCACAUUUUCUUUUGCAUUAAACUUAGGUAUUAGUGUAUUUUAAUUAUUCAAAAAGCUAUCAUUUGGUUCAUAAAAAUUCAAGUAUUUUUUAAUAUAUUUAACAGAUUUAAGUAUGUUAUUGUAGUUAAUAACAAUAACCAUUUAAAUUUCAUUUUAUAUGUGAGCAAAUAAAUAUUUUAACUGACUUGUGAACACUGCUAUGCACAUAUUGUUUUAGGAUUAACAAAUCACAUAUUCAAUUAUUAAAUAAUAUAAUUUUGGCUUCAAUUUUAAUUGCUUUAACUACUGGUUUUUGUUGGUUUUUUUGUAAGGCAAAGUAAUAUUUAUAAUUUUUACUAUUAAUAAUAAUAAUAAAUGGUCUUGUGCUGUGGUGUAUGGUAAGGAUUGAAAUUAAAUAAUGAAAUUUGUUCUUAUUUUUAGUAAUUAUAUAAAAAAAAAAAAAAUGUUCACAUUUACUUGAGUAUGUCAAGAGAACUUAUUACUUAUAUAUUUUUAAAUCUAAUUUAAUCUUUGGUUUAUCAGUUCCAAAUCUAUUAAAACAAAAAUUAAAUCAAUACAAUUUGAUGUUUGAUGUGUGUAUUUUAUACUUAUGGACUUUUUCAUUAAUUGUCAAUAUUACAGAACAAAUAUUGUUUUUAUUAUCCAAUAUUAUUGUUUUGAACUUAAUGAAGUUUAAAUUUAAUUCAAAAGGUUUUUGUUUUCUAAUUGAGAAAUAUAUUUUUUUUUUAUUUCUUGAAAAAAAUGUUUAAUUAAUGAACUAAAUAAAUAGCUGGAAUAUUUUUAAAAUGUUUCUGCCAUGUUAUAUAAUUUCAACAACAAUUUUUUUUUUUUAUUAAAAACAAAUUUGUUAGCCGUCAAAUUAUUUUCUUUAAUUAUUGUUAAACUUCCAUUUAACAAAUUAGGUAAUUUUAAAAAUAAUUAUUAAAUAAACAAAUUAGUAGUUUAAAAUAUUGUUAUUUGUUUAAUUAAUUUAAAUAACAGACAGUGUAACAUUAUAUUUUUGGUUAGCCUCAGAAUAAAAUAUUUAGUUUUAUUUUUAUUUUGUUUUCACAGUUUUAUUUUAAUAUAAUAUAUAUGGUAAUUUAUGAUGUUUCAGAUAAUCUAGGAUUACAGACUGCAUAUAGUAAUAAUAGGGUAUGUUGAACAUAAGUAUUUUUUUAGUUUUAAUUCUGUUUAAAUUUAGUAAAGUUAAAUAAAGUUUUAUUAUAUAUAUAUAUUCAUACAGUAACAAGUAAUCAUUUUUGUGCUGUUGCCAUAAUUUAAAUCUGAAGGGGACCUGUAUAAUUUUGUUACAUAAUAUAGUUUAAGUUUUACAAGAAAAGUAACAUAAAACACACUGUAUAAAAAAACGGUCCAUUUAUUAAAUUUUUGUUGUUUUCCCAAUACUAAUAUUCCUUUCAAUAAGUUUUUACACAAGUUCACAAAAUAUACAUAAAAAAAUUAGCAUAAUGAUAGCUUAAUAUUUUAUUGUUUGCAUCAUAAGUUCUAUAACAAAACUGUGCAACUCACUGAAGGUUAAUUAUUAACUAGCAUCACUUAAGUUGUAAUUUAAGUUAAUAAAUAUUUGUCUUAAUUUUUUUUUUUUUUCAUUUUAGAGAAAUACUUUUGAAGACAAUAAUAAUACAACACAUAAAAGAAAUAAACAAAAAAAAGAAUUGAGAAAGGUUUGUUUAAUGCAAAUUUAAAUUGAACUUUUAAAUGUUAGAAAACAAAAAAUAAAAAUAUAUGUUUUUUAUGUUUAGAAAGAUGAAGUUGUUCGUUCAGAAGAUAUUCAAGGUUAUCGAGGUGAUAAAAACAUUGAUGAAAUUUUAAAGUUCAUUGGAGAUAAAAGUAGUGAUAAUAAAAAAAAUAAAGGUAGCAAGACCAAAAAUAAAAUUAAAAGUAGAAAUGGAAAAGGUUCUGAUGAUGAAUGUGGUAGACCUAAAAAUCGUAAAAUGAAAAUGACCAAGUAUAAUAGUGUAGAAGAAGUGUCUACAACAGUCUUUCAGCAUAUGGAUAGUUCAGAUGAUGAGUCUAAAUCAAUUAAAAGUACUAAAAAAGCCAAGAAAAAGGUACCAAAACAAAACCAAUCUUCAAAAAAAUUUGCUUCUACCGAACAGAGACUUAAUGUAUUAUCAUCAGAGUCCCAAGAUACAGAUUCUGCUGACUUCUUGUUAGUUACCAAUAAACAAAGGAGGAAAAAACAAAAAUCACAAAAUAAAUUAAAUGCUACCACUAGUAAUUUUCCUCCUCAUGAUUCCUACUUACUAUCCCAAUACACACAACCUAAAAGUGUAAAAAACAAAAAAAGAAGAAAAUCAACAUCUUCAAUGCCUCAUUCUGACAAAUCUGAAGAUAAUUCUGAUCUUGAUUCAGUUCACUCUCUACCUGCCUCAUCUACACCUUCUAAACAACAAUCAUACAAAGAAGCUCCUAAAACUGAUUUGACUAAACCAGCAUGUGUAGUUACUACGUCUGAAGAAUCGAUACCAACAGUUACCGUCGUGUUACCACUUCGAAAUACUGAUGUUACGGCGAGUAAUGUGAAUAACGCUAACAAAUGCGUUAAUGGUGAUGUGCAUAUUACUUACAUAGUGCAUGAACCCCAGAAAGCGGAUCUAGAGACCGCUAAAAAGACUGCCGUUUUAAACAAAGUUCCUGCAGCGAUUCCUCCACAGAGUGCUUCGCUGACUGUGCGCGUACCUUCAAAGAAAAAACAAAGCCCGAUUAUGUAUAAUAAAUAUGAGGUUGAUACAAGCCUAUCGUUUGGAUUUGAAAUUGACCAAGAUUUACUGUGUGAUAAUGCUAAUGAUUAUUUGCCCCCAGCACCUAUUCCUAUGCCUAUAGAGUACAACUAUAAAGAAGUGAUACUGUUCAUAAAACAAGGUAAAUAUUUUAAUUUCAUUCUUUUUUUAUUAUUAUUAUAUAGUAAUAAAUUUAGUAUUAAUAAGAGUAGUUAGGUUGUUUAACUUUUCUGGUUAACAAAUAAAAUUUAAAAACUUAUAAAAUACUGUGUAUAUAUUGUAUACGACAGCAAUUCUUAAACUGUGGUUCACGGUCCUCCCUUCCCCCCCGGGUCUGUGAUAUUUAUGUCAGGGGUUCGCAGUGGCUCUAUCGGUAAAUAUUAAUUAUGAUAAAUGAGAUGUUUUGUAAGAAAAAGUAUUAGGGGGUAUGCAAAUUUCUAAAAGUCUUUCGUCGGGGGUCCAUGUGCACCAAAAGUUUAGGAACCGCUGGUAUACAAUCCUCUAAAGCAAUAGUUCUCAUCUGGUGGUAUUAGUACUAUCAGUGGUGGUAUGCAGAGCUUAUAUCGUCCCUGUUCGUACAAAAUAACAGGUUUUGGACUUAGGGUGUUUUGCGUGAACCUAGACGAUAUGUGGUAUUUUCAAUAUUAUUUUUAAUGUUUUUAAUGAUAUUUAUGUAGACAAUUACAAAACUAUACUAUGUCCUACAGAGAUCUGACAAAUGCAUUAACUUUUUCUUAUCAAAUUUUUUUCUUUUUAUUAAAUUUUUCAUUAUGAUUCUUAUAUUUUAUGUCAUUUACCACUUUUUCCAUGAAAAAGUACUCAUAGUAAUACAAUAAUAAUUUGUUAUUAGAUGAAUAAUAAUUAUUUUAACUAUUAUUUAGUAAUGAUAAUGAAAAAGUUUAAAUUUUUAUAAACGUUUACAUAAACAGUUACGGUUAUUCAUAUGCCAGUUGCAGUUAUCCAAUUUACUGUUUGCAGUGUCAUACUUAGUAAAAUUAGUACCUGUUGUCAGAAAAAUUUACUGAAGAUUAAAAAAAAAAAAAAAUAAACUGUUGGAUGCGUACUCAUACAUUUAUUGUUAAAAUAUUUCAAUUUCAGAACUUUAAACAUUUUCUAUGGCUGUUGGCUUGAGUCCUUGUACCGGUGCGUGGACACUUCUCAUACACCCCCUAAGUAUGGUCCUGAUUGUAUAUAUUUGAGUACUAUAGUUGUUAAUCUGAUGAUAUUUUGAGAAUGUGAAGUUGGUUAAUUUCAAUUCAUAUCUAAUGAAUUUCCAUUCCAUUAUUACAUGUACAUUUUAUAAUUUUUAAUAAUUUUGAAAAAAAAAUUUUAACCAUACUACAAUAAAUAAAAAUGUAGAGAGGCCUAAGUCCUAAGCUAUCUUGGUGAUAUAAAUGGGAAUGAAAAUGUCGAGCAAUAAAUUGUUUUAAAUAAAAUAAUAUAAUAUCUGUAAUAUAUAUUUAUAUCUAUAUAAUAAUAAUAAAAAAGAACAAUAUUAUUCCGCAUUUAGUAUGCAGACCAAUAAUUGAAUGACUGCAAUUAAAUGGUAACUUUUGUUGGGUAACCGCAAUAAGUGUUUACUAGAUAAUCCUAUAUAAUAAAAUGGAACUAUAAAAUUACUAGUUUGAAUUUUCUUAAAAAUUGAAAUCUUAUUUUUAAAAUAAAAAAAAAAAAUAAGUAUAAGGCUUUAUAGUAAUUAUUACAAUAACAAAAAAAAAUCUUAACAAUAUUAAACUGAACAAAAGUUGUUGCAUUUGUCAGAUCUUUGUAACAUUCUGUAUAAUUUAAUUGAUCUUUACUUUUCUUAUGAAAACAGGAAUGUAUUCAUAAUUAUUAAUUUGAUAAUGAUAUAAAAAUAAAGGUUUUAUAUAGAUAUUAAAAAAUGGUAAAUUCUAAGAACAUUUGAUUAUAGAAUUUAAAAAUAAAAGAGCUGAUACUGCUGAUGGGUGCACCAGCCAUUGUUGUAAGUGGGAAGGUAGAAUACAUAAAGUUAUUUAAUUUAUACAGCUAAGCAACGAUGAUAAACCAUUGUUAACAAAAUAUUAUUCUCAGCAACAUUCAGUUAUACAUGUUUUGAAAUGCCUUAAUAUUAAUGAUUUUCAUCAAAUUUGAUAAAAAAAACAAUUACAUUACGCUAAACUUCUUUUUUUCUACUAAUUUCAACUUAUAAUGAAUCUCGUGUUAAAUGUAUGAGCAUUUUUGUUUGAUCACAUUAUAAAUUGAUACCUUAAAACUAUUUUCUGAGUAUUUUGAAAUUGGUAUCAAGUCUUAUUAAGACCAAUGUAAGUUUGCUGUCAAAAUUUCAACUAUAAGUAUUUUUAACUGAAUUUCAAGAAAAAAAAAAAAUUUAAAAUAAUAAAACCAAUAUUUCCAUAAACUUUCUCGUUCUUUUUACAUUUUGCCCCUGUUUUACUCAAUUAUUAAUUAUUAUACGAUGAAUCUAAAGAGAACUUAGUUUUUCUCUUAACUAGAUCCAAGAUGGAGCAAAAAAAAAAACUUGUUGUUUUUUAAUUGGAGCAAUAUUUCUGGCACAAAACAUGUAAAAUUUUAAAUAAUGAAAUCAUAAAAUUACAAUUUCUAAUUAUCAUGAAAAUUCUUUGGGAAAUCAAAAAAGGACCUUCCUAAUGCACUAGUUAGAUCUAAAAUGCAACAAAUAAGUUUUCUUGUCAUGUUUUUAUUGGCGUAAGAUUUCUGAUUUAAAUCGGUUUAUAGACAAAAAAAAAAACAAACGCAUCAUAGUAAAAUGUACCUUUUAUUUCCAUGCAUUUUAAGGAAUAGUUUCUAAAAACAGGAUUCAUUUAAAUGUAUAUUAUACUAUUUCUUUAUUUUGACUAAUAUAUAGUAUUGUAUUUAAAUAUACUAUGUAAGGUAUUUGAAUUUUUUUAAUUACAGAAUUUAUUUUCUUUAAAUAUUUGUGCAAAUGAUGUUUCUCUUAAGUCUUAUUUUAAUAUAUAUAAUAUUAAUGAAUAACUUAUUUUAUUAAUAAAAUCAUAAAAUAAAAACAAAAAUAAUUAAAUGGUUAAUACUCGUAAGUAAGUAAGUAAAUAAAUAAAUAAAUAAAUAAACGUGUCGUAUGGAGUAUUAUGACUUGAGUUGUGUUUUACUUUUAGUGAUUUUACCAGAUAAUGAAUUUUUAAUUUGAAACUAGUCGUACAAUACACAUAUCAUAUUACUAUAAUAUUAUAAUAAUAUUUAUUUAUUUAUUUAUUUAUUUAUAUACUUAUUUAUUUUAUUAAUCAACAAUUAAUAUUGAUAAAUUUAUAUUUUAUACAAAUACAGUAGACAUUUUGUAAAAAGACAUCAGUUAUAAUGACAAACCAUGUUUAAUGCAGGUUAAUAAUAAAUCUCAGGUUAUGGAAAAACUAAUAUAUUUUAUGUAUUAAUUGGUAUCAGCUAUUAUAAUUUCUAUAUAAUUACUUUAUGGGUGUCUUUAAUAUUGUUUUAUUGUUAUUAUUAACAACUGGUGGGCAGAGAGUAUGUAAUAAUAUAAUAAGUAUUAAUAUAUACAACUCGAUUCACUUGUUGUAAUGGGUAGUUUUGGUUAUCUUAAAAAAUGUUUGUCUGUAUUAUAUUUAUAGAAUAUUUUAUAUGGUUUUUAUACAAAAAAGUGUUAAAAACUAAGAUAACAGAUUUUUAAAUACAUAUAUACUUUUUACUCUAUUUAAGUUAUAAAAAUAUAAUACAUAAUAUGUAUUAAGUUAUAAUAGUAAAAUUAUACAUUAUUAAGUUUUUAGUUUUGUUUUAAAAUUUGGGUUAUAAUGAUUAUCUGUUUAAUUAUGUCUAAUUUUAACUGGUCUCUUGAAAAUCAUUAUAAAUGUUUGCUACUAUAUGUGUAUUAUAUAUAAUACCAGUUGAAUUUCCUGGGCUCGUCUUGAAAAGGUGAUACAAUAAGAAUAGCCUGAUGAAUUAAAAGUAUGUGAAUGUUGUUUCCCUUAUGUUUUACUAUAUUUUAGAUUCUGAGUCGAGUGAAAAAGCUUAUAGUUUUACAAAGAUGUUUUUUUUUUUUUUUUUUAUCGGUGCGCAAUGUGAAGCACAUUUUCUGAAAGUAAAUUGGCGUGGGGAGUUACUUUAGGUAGGUCAUUUUUUGAUUUCCUCAAGAGUUUUCUCAUCAAAUGUGAAAAACCUCCAAAAAACUGGAAAAUUUACAAAAUAUAUUCUUACGAUUUUUCUUUUCUGUAGACAAUUUUGCUCCAACUUUUAAUGAUAACAAUGUGUUAUAUUGGACAAGAAAUUUCACUAAGGAGGUAUUUUAGAGAGGUAAUAUUUGGAUUUUCUCAAGAGUUUUCUCAGCAAAUGUAAAAAACUGGUAUAAGGCAUAGGAAAACUGGGAAAAUGUGUACAACAUUAAACAAAUUUUAUUAAAGAGAAUAUGUAAAGCCUAUUUAAUUAUUUUACUAUAAAAUGAUAUAUAUAUUUUUGAUAAAGUAUUACUAUCAACUGAACUCUGCUUAGAAUUGUUUUUUUUGUUAACAAUAGUUUAUCGUUGCUUACAGAUAUACAUUAAAUUCUCGUCUAUAUCCUACCUUCCCAGCUUCUCACCUACACCAGUGGCUGCACUCCCAUUAUAUAUUACCUUGUUUUUUAAAAAUAAAAAGAACAAUAUGUUCUACUUAAAAUAGAACAUACCUAUACUACUACUAACUAUAUACUAAAUUUUAUUAAAAUCUGCUCAGCAGUUACAAAACUGAAUUUCAACAAACAUAGAUACAUCUACAUAAACUUAUGCAUUUAUAGAAUUUGUACAAUAUGACAAUCGUUUUAAAAACAUUUUUUUAGAUUUAGAGCAGAGCGAGAAAUGUAUUGGUUGUACCAUCAUGUUUAUUUCUUUUUAAUCUGAACAAUUUUUUUACUAUACUCCGUACCACGAGAGAACGCAUACGGCGGCAAACUAAAACUCGUAUAUUUUCACGCAUCCCUACUAUAAAACAUACACAAUCGACUUCCACUACGAAACAUAAUGACGCAUUCCGACAACUGAGCGCGAUCAUUUAGAUGGGUGAGUCGUAUGUGUUCUUUCGUGGUACGGAGUAUAGCUAUUUUGCUCUGAUUUUCAAGUGUAUAUAUUUUUUCCAAAACUGUCAUUGUGGUGGUACUUUAGGAAGGUUAAUUUUUGUUUUUUUCCAUGCUUUUCAUAAUAAAUGGGCAAAAGGGAAAUUUACAAAAAUUAAUUUUUUUGAAUUUUUUAAUAUUAUGGCCUUUCAAAACGUGUAUAAAUGAAUUUUGCUCAGAAACGUUUUUCAUCAGCAAUGGUUAAUCGUUGUGUAAAGAUAUACAUUCAAUUUCCCCUCUACCUUCCCAAAUUCUUACCUACAACAUUGGCCUGUUCAUUGUGCAAAGUAUGUUUGAAUUUUAAAUUUAAUAAAAAAUUAAAUUUUUUUUCUCAAAUAUUUAUAACAAAUUUUAAUUGUAAUAGUAAUACCAUAUAGAAGUUUACUUUAUGAAAACAUGGUUUAUUAAUUGUUAUAUAUGUAUAUAUAUUUAUUCCCUAUUUAGCUUGGCAAGAUGUUGAAAAAGAAAAAGUCAAUGGCAGAUCCAAUAUUCUAGAAUACAAACGAGAUAACAGUGGAGUUCUUGGGGACGUAUAAAAUUUCUGCCAAAUAAUGUUAUUAAUAAACAUAAUUCGUGUUCGACAACUAAUCAUAUUUUGUAAUUAAUGAAGAAUUUUUUUCAUUCCACAGAAAAAAAUUCUACAGAAUUUGUUAAUAUUCUUCAAGAAAUUUUUAUAUAUUAUAGUAAUUAUUUAUGUAUGUAAUUUGUAUAUAUAUAUAUAUAUUUGUAUAUAUAUAUUAAGAAGCAGUGUUGGAAAUUACUUUCUUCUUUAAAAACAAAAAAAAAACAAAUAAACAUUAAUUUAUAUGGUGGCUUUAUUGCUACAAUUAUUUUUUUCUGGCAUAAUUGUGAAUAUGAUUGUUAAUUUAAAAAGGUCAUUAUAUUUUUUUUCUUUUGUUAAGUUUGUACGUUCAAGUUUGUUUUGCUUAUUUAAAAAAUAAUAAUUAUAUUUUGGGGGCAACUAAAAAAAACUGGUCACAAAGUGAAAUUUGUGAAUUAUUCAAUCUGAUGGUUAACUGGUUAACAUGUCAAUAUUAACACUUUUUUGAUGUACUUACAUUACUUAUUUGUUUCAAAACUCAAAAAAUGUAUUUGUUAUGUUCAAUUUUGGGAUAUAUUUUCUUUUAUAUUAAAUUAUCUUUAUGUACCUCAGAAAAUAAUUUUAUUCAUCAUGUGUUAGGAUUUGUUUCAGUUAAAUUUAUGUGUAACUUGUCUGUAAUAAACCAAAUUGAUAACAGAUAACUUCAGAUAGUUGUAUAAACCUAAAUUGUGUUUAUUAUAAUAUUUACUUUGUGUAAAUAAUGCUAAAAUUGUUCAUAUAAUAAUAUUUUUUUAUUAUAUUGAUAAUUUAAUUAUAAAGGAUGGAAAAAAAGCCCUUUUAUGAUUUUAAAAAAUUGUUGACAUGUUUACUUAAAAAUGUAUUUGAUACUGAAAAUGUACAAAUUAUUAUUGUUGAUAUUGGCCAAUUCAGUUAUAAUCACGAAUUAAUAUAAUAAUAUAAUAUAACUUAAUUUGUAGUUCUAAUUUAAAGUGAAAUUUAUAUUGUAUAAUAAAUCUAUAAACCAAAAAAAAAAAGCAGAGAUAAAAAAAAGUUAGUUUAAUUGCAAAAAUGGCCCAGAAUGACAAAAUUGUCUUUUUAGAUAUUGCACAAUUGAUAUGCAAUUUUAAAAAUAAUCAACUAAAAUAUACCAGAAUUUCAGAAACAUUAAGAACAAUUUUGUGUCAAAAGUUAUUUUUCUACUAUCACUAUUCAAUAAUAAUUUUUAAUAGGUUAAUGAAAAAAUUAGUAUAAAUACGGAAAGAGUCUAGUUGGCCCAUUGAAACGAGUUUUUACAAUUGAAUAACAGAUGAUAUAACAUCCUCUUAAACACCUGUUGUUAAUAUGGUACAGUGAUAUAGAAAACUAUAAGAAAACAGGAUUUUAUAUGACUCGAGGCAUAAAUUUACUUAUUUACCUAUUUUGUCCCUGUUAUACACAUAUUUUAUAUUAUCGGCAUCCAUAAGGUUAACAUACAUAUUUGUAAUUUGUUAAAUUCCUGACAUAACUGUAGAAAUAUUGAAAAUUAAAUUUAAUGUUUAUUUGAUAUUACCUAUAUAACGAAAAAAAUACAUUAUUUUUGUAAUAUUAUAAUUUGUAACUUUGCUUUUCAAAAAUGUGAAAUACACACAAAUAAUAACAUACAUUGGUUUACCUAAUAUUUGAUAUCAAUUCAUCAAAGAAAUAAUUUGUUUCAAAAUAUAUAUAUA